AUGGAAGUAUACAUCGACGACAUGUUAGUCAAAUCACUCAAGGAGGAAGACCACGUCGCGCAUCUACGGGAAUGCUUCGAACAAUUGAACAAGCACAACAUGAAACUAAACCCAGCGAAGUGCAGGUUCGCGGUCACCUCGGGAGAAUUCAUCGGCUAUCUGGUAACUCACCGAGGCAUAGAAGCAAACCCCAAGCAGAUCAAGGCUUUAAUUGAGAUGCCCUCUCCAAGGACGAAGCGCGAAGUGCAGAGGUUCACAGGAAGAGUCGCCGCACUAAACAGGUUUAUUUCCCGUUCCACAGACAAAUGCCUGCCCUUCUACGACACCCUCCGAGGAAACAAGAAAUUUGAGUGGGACGAACGAUGCGAGACGGCUUUCCAGGAAUUGAAGAAUUAUCUGGCGAGUCCACCAAUCUUAGCAAAACCAGUCGAAGGAGAGCCGCUCUUCCUCUACAUCGCAGUGUCUACUACAGCUCCCAUUUUCUACAUCAGCCAGACAUUGACCGACGCCGAGACUCGCUACCCCCAGAUUGAGAAGGUCGCCCUAGCCGUCGUAGUGUCGGCUCGGAAACUGCGCCCGUACUUUCAAUCACAUUCGAUUGUUGUGCUCGCUGUGCUUCCGCUGCGCUCGAUCCUACACAGCCCUAGCCAAUCCGGUCGGCUCGCCAAGUGGGCCAUAGAGCUAAGCGAAUACGACAUCGAGUAUCGGAAUAGGUCGUCUGCAAAGUCACAGGUGCUCGCAGAUUUCCUCAUUGAACUUCCCACCGAAGCAACAAACGAGCCGACUCUAGACGAAGUGUGGACGCUGCACGUCGACGGCUCGUCGUCUAAACACCGCUCGGGAAUAGGAAUCCGCCUCACCUCGCCCACCAGAGAAAUAUUGGAACAGUCUUUUCACCUGAACUUCCACGCCUCGAACAACGAAGCGGAAUACGAAGCACUGAUCGCCGGCAUACGACUAGCGCAGGGAAUCGGAGUUCGAAAGAUAAGAACCUUUUGCGAUUCACAGCUAGUAGCAUGUCAGUUCAACGGAGAAUACGAGGCGAAGGAUGGACGAAUGGGAGCUUACCUCAAAGUGGUCCGAGAGUUGGUGCAAAAAUUUGAUGAGUUCGAACUCACUCGCAUUCCCCGAGGAGAAAACACCUCGGCCGACGCCUUGGCAGCACUCGCUUCGACCUCGGACCCAGACCUCCGACGAACGAUCCCAGUCGAAUUCAUCAAACGUCCUAGCAUCGAAGAAGUGGAAGGAGUUAGGCUGAUAAAUCCUCCUGAACAAGAACCAGAGGACGACGAAGCCGUUCCGAUGGAUGAAGACGCCUCACCGGCCGAGACGGAAUACUGCUGCGACAAAGAAUGGCUCGGAGCUAUCCGAGUGUAUAUCGCCGAUGGAGAGGUGCCAACCGACAAAUGGGAAGCCCACAAACUAAAAGCUCAGGCCGGACGGUAUGUCCUCGUCUAUGGCGAGGUGUUUAAAUGGACAUUUUCAGGGCCUCUCAUGAUAUGCGUCGAAGAACCGGAGGCAAGAAAGAUCAUGGACGAGGUGCACAGCGGCGCGUGCGGGAACCAUUCCAGCGGAAGGUCGCUCGCUAUCAAGAUUAAACGGCACCGCUACUUCUGGCCCACGAUGGUCACAGACUGCGAGAAAUUUACAGCGAAGUGCGAGAAGUGUCAGCGGCACGCUCCAACAAUUCAUCAACCCACCGAGUUGGUCUCGUCAAUUUCAUCACCUUAUCCGUUCAUGAGAUGGUCGAUGGACAUCGUCGGACCUCUACAUCGCUCGAAGCAGAAGCGUUUCCUGCUCGUCCUCACGGAUUACUUUUCCAAGUUGGUUGAAGUCGAUUCCUACGCAAGCAUAAAGGAUGUUCAAUGGAAAAUCCGCCUCAGCAAAUCUACGCCAAGAUACCCUCAAGGGAACGGACAAGCGGAGGCAGCCAACAAGACGAUCCUCGACGGUCUGAAAAAGAGGCUCGACGCCAAGAAGGGACGGUGGACAGAUGAACUCGAAGGAGUCCUUUGGUCUCAUCGGACAACUCCGUGCCGAGGCACCGGGGAAACUCCAUUCGCUUUGGUCUACGGAUCGGAGUGCGUAAUUCCCCCCGAGGUGGAUUUCCCAGGUAUUCGACGAAGACUUCUACCAGGACAGGAGGGCUUGAACCACUUAAUGAUGCUAGAUGAGCUCGACCUAAUCAACGAAAAGCACGACCAAGCCUUAAUUCGAAUACAGAACUAUCAACAAGCAACGGCGCGAUACUACAACAAAAACGUUCGUAGCCGAAGAUUCAAAGCAGGGGAGCUCGUCCUCCGAAAGGAACAUCGCCACUUUGGCACAUUCUCAGUUCGUUUUGAAUCAUCUACUUAUUUCACGUUCGGUCAUUAUCGCUUCGGCUAG